GCAGCAGCAGCAGCAGCAGCGGACUAACACAGAAGCACAGAGUCCCAGCCGGGGACAGACAGGGUCCAACAACGUUCCCCUGUCCGAACCACGCACCGCGACUGGAUACAGACGACGGUAAAAGGAAGGAAACCGACGCUUUUAUGUUUUUUUUAUAGCACACCUCUGCCCUUUAACGCCGUUUAACGUCAGGUAUCAAAGAAGUGCGUUCAUCGGGAAGUUUGCCACUCAGAGCAGCGGUCAGUGGAGCAUGAAAGCCGGCGUGGAGAGAAGAAUAUCUGCCUAAACUUCUCUGACUCUUAAAGCUUGGUUUGUACCAACUUCACCGACUCAUCUACUUCAGACCUGUGUUUGUUUUACUGGAUCCUGGUUGUUUCACGCACAGGGACUCGAUAAAGACCUUACAACUUAAAAAAAAAAAAAAAAGAGGAGAGAGAAAGGACAGAGAAGAAAGAAACUCGAAGAAGAGGACAGGGGGAGAAGUGGCUAUAUUUUCAGCCAUGGAUGUUACAGUUUACCCGCCUCCUCCUCAGCCUCUGGCCGUGUCAAACCAUACCAGGCUUGGGCAGCUCUCCUACCCCGACCCGGCCUUUGGGACCAACAAGCUGGAUGGGGACACCAUGUUCCUGGGUAUGCCAGACGCAGGCCUUGACUUUGCCUCAACCAAUCAGUUUCGUGUGCCACAGCCCCCUCACCCUCUCAGCAAGGUGUCGCCACCAAACCAGGCCUCGCAGCACUGGAGGAGGGACACACACAUGACCGACACACACCGUCUGCCUUGGUCAUACUCAGUGGGUGGUUUGGGUGACGAGGACUUCAACAUCCCACCCAUCACUCCCCCCACCCUGCCAGAGCACAUGCUGCCUCCCCAUCUCCCUCAUGAUUCCCCCUCUGGACCGUACCACCCUCUGGACCCUCCCUCCAACUCAGCUCCACACCACCUCUACCAGCUGCAGGGCAUGGAUCUGCCCGGCAUGCCUGGUAGCCAAGAUGGAGCAACUAUGUUGAACCAAGAUGGUGGCACCUUCAGCCCAGAUGGUGGCCCCAUGACCAGUACCCUGUCUGUGAUGCAGCAGAUGGUGAACUCCGAUUCUCGCUUCACCAGCAGCCAACAGCCAAUUGAAGCAGCUCUUGGACCCAGGAGCCAAUCGGGCAUGAGUCAGCAAAGUCAGUUGUCCACCAUCAACCAGUCUCAGAUAGGGCUGAGUGGGAACUCUGUUACCCAUAAUUCUCCUUCACCUCCAGAAAGUAAAUCCGCCACGCCAUCUCCCUCCAGUUCGGCACAUGAGGACGAGAACGAUGAUGGACUCAGGCAUGGUAGUGGAGCGGAGAAGCGUCCAGCAACGGUGGACAUCUCCAAGAAGCCGAAAACACCAAAGAAGAAGAAGCGAAAGGACCCCAAUGAGCCAGUGAAACCAGUGUCUGCCUAUGCCUUGUUCUUCAGGGACACCCAAGCCAACAUCAAGGCCCAGAACCCCAACGCCACCUUUGGGGAGGUGUCAAAGAUUGUGGCCUCCAUGUGGGAUGGUCUGGGAGAGGAACAGAAACAGGUGUACAAGAAGAAGACAGAGACGGCUAAGAAGGAGUAUCUGAAACAACUGGCUGCCUACAGAGCCAGCCUGGUCUCACAGAGUUACAAUGACCCAUCUGAAAUGAAGCUGCCCCACUCCUCGUCCUCCUCGUCCUCCUCUACCUCCAUGUUUACACCCAAACCUUCAGUCUACCCUGGUCACCCAGGCCAGCACCCUUCCUCCAGCUCACUCGCCCACCCUCACCAACUCCCUCCCUCCCAGCACCCGGGCAUGUACAUGCAGUACCCUCACCCGUCCCAUCCUUCCCACUCCUCAAGCCCGGGCCUCGGGCCCCACCUGUCCCCUCCUCACACCCAGAUGCACCCUCAGCUCCAGGCUCUGUCCUCCAGAGGGACCGUGCCACGUCCCAGCAUCCCCCACCAGGGGGGUCUGUCCCUUGGCAGCGUGGUGACAGCAUCCACCCCUCCUCUCCAGGUCACCCCUCCCCUCCACAGCCAGGCACACCUGGGAGGACUGCACAGUCCGCACCAUCAGCACCAGCAGCUCGGUGGACACUCAAUGGGAAUGAGUCACUCCCCUGCCAUCUCUCAGGGCUACCUCCCCUCCCUCCAGUCUGACUACCAGCCAAUAGGAGGAGGUAUGCUUAAUGGCGGAGCAGUGAUGUCAUCAUCAGUGGACUACCACCAGCUGGGCCGACACACACCAAAUCACCACCCCUCACUGGACUGGAGCACUGAUUACCAUGGCAACGGAGGAGCUCAGAGAGACAAAACUCUGUAUCUGAGCUAAUCUCAGGACGCACCUCAACCAAGCCCUUGAACUGCCACACCAUGUGAACCUCCAGCCUCACCUCUACAUGAACACAAGCCAGCCGAGUCCAGCCCUCUCCUGGGGGAGGGGGGUGCGCAACCAAGCAAAAGCUUAAGCAACAGGACAAAAGGACGCUGUUAGGAACUGUCAACAACAUCAAGUUAUUGGCUGAUUCUCCUGAUGGUUCACUGCAUAAGACACGCUAUGAUUUGAAUUGAAAAUGUGUGUACCAGUGAGGAGAGGUGGGCAGGUACUGCUCUGUGAACCACACUGAUAGAUGGACUGUAUAUACUCCAAAAAGGAUACUCUGUCCGAUUUCCUGUUAGCCCCUAAAAAUUUCAGAUCUAGUUUCUCAUUUUGUAAAAAUGGUGUUUACCAUCAUUUCCAAAAGGCUCCGAAGAGCAUGUGUAAAUUGCUGUAACAUAAUUUUAGUGCUGUCGAUUUAAAACCAACUGAUUUUUUUUUUUUUUGACCUCAUAUGUAUCCUUUGAGGACUAAAGCCAGAGGACCGCAGCACACAGGUGAAGGGUUAAUGACCAAAUACAACUGACUGUGUUUCCCCUCUGGUUCUUUAAUUGUAUGAAUACAAGCCUUUGGUUUGAUGCCGUAUGGACCGAGGUCCAACACACUGUCUGUGGAGACAAAAAAAAAAAAAACAAAGAACGUAAUGAGUCUGAGUCUGAAGAAGCAGAAGCAGUGGUGAGCGCAGUGAUGACUGAAUUCACACUGCUUUAUUCGGCUAACGACAAACACACGACAGAGGUGAACCAGAACCUGAAGCUGUUUGUUGGUGCCUCUUUAACCAAACGCUGACUGUGAAUAAUUGCUUCUGAUAAAAAGAACUUUCAUUGUUCUCUGGCAGUGAGGCUCAGAUCUGCAGGGUAGAAAUCCAAUGUAUUUUAGUCCUUGAAAUAAUGAAAUGUCAAACAGUUUUUUGUUUAAAAAAAAAAAAAAAAAAGGAACAAAAAUACUCCUUUGUAC